AUGAUCAUGCAUCUAACUGAUAACGUAGCGCAACGAUCUUGUGUUACAAGGCAGACGCCUGCUCCCAUUGUCGCGAAAGUAGGACUAAUUCCGGGAUUGCUAGGCCUUGCAGUAGAACUGACGCGCGGUGCAUCCCAGCGCGAAAGGUCUCAUAUAUGGGAGCGCAAUCCAGGCAGCGGCUCAUCAUGGAGUGAAGAAGUGGCGCAAGCUCUGCUGGCUGCCGGUGCUCAGGUUAACGCUCAAGGAGGAUAUCACGGUAAUGCGUUGCAAGCCGCGGCAAGAAAUGGACAAGUAUGCUUGGUACAGAUGUUACUGAAUGCUGGAGUAGACGGCAAUGCUCUUGGCGCAAAAGAUGACUUGAGCGAAAGCGAGGGUUUGGAUGGAUCUGACGCGACUGAAGACAUAGGUGGUGACGUAUUUGAUAUGCAUAUCAUUAGUCCGUUAGGCAUAUUUUUGCCCGUCGUAGCGUGCGGGACUGAAGCAGAUAACGAUGUGGUCUUCGCUCAUUGGUUGACUGAUAUUGCUUACAUCAUGCACCGUCCCGAUCAACAGUUAGCGUUUCUUCGUAACAUAGGGGUAUCAGGUCUUAAGUGCACACCAGUGUCUAGCAGUAGCUUAAAGUUACUAUCUUCCGCACAUCUUCGAAUAUGGCAAUACGCUUGUGCUACAGGGACGCAAAAGAAGGCGCCACCUGAUUAUGCGAUGUUGCCUUCAUAUGCCAGAGUCAGAUGCUCAGUAGGGAGAAAGUUCGCGGUAAUGUUAUCAGAUAUGAGUGGGUUCCGGGCUCAGCCAAUGACAAGGAACGUGAAGGGAAAGCUUGAGGUGACAAAUAGCUUGGACUACCCUUGGCAGCUGGGCAAACCACAACACGAAUAUGUUUCUCCCACGCUUCUGACGAGGGUUAAGCCUCUUAAGGAGGAUAAUGUUGCGAAAGCAUUGAUGCCCAGCAUGGUGUUGAGGCGUCUACCCACGCUGAGGAAUUAG